AUGCCUUUGAGCGGCACUCAAGUGACCACCAUCAUCGCCCUCGAACGCACCGGAGCUUCACUCUCUUUGAUUGGCAUCACCCUCAUCUUUGUCUCGUACUACCUGUUCAAGCGACUGAGGACCAUUCCCAAUCUGUUCAUAGUCUUUGCUUCGGUCGCCAACAUUGGCGCCAGCAUUGCGUGCCUCAUUGGCUACGAUGGUAUCCUCAUAGGAGAGGCUUCCGCGUUGUGCCAGGCUCAGGCCUUCAUGCUGGAGAUGUUUAUGCAGUCUGACCCCUGGUGGUCCUUGGCCAUGGCAGUUAACGUCUAUCUUGUCUUUUUCUUCGGCGCCAGCCCAGCCUCUUUCCGACAGUAUCUCUGGGUGUACUGCGUCAUUUGCUUUGGUGGGCCAUUCAUACCCGCUAUUGUGCUUCUGCUUGCGCGCCCGAAUGGGCAGAUGAUGUAUGGCAAUGCGACACUUUGGUGCUGGAUCAAUAGCGACUGGAGUGAACUGCGCAUCUACACUUACUAUCUGCCGAUUUGGAUCUGCAUCCUCUGCUCCAUCCUGAUUUACUUUGCCGUCGGCUACCACGUCUUCCACCAACGCAACCAGCUGCGAAACCUUACGUUCAGUCACAUAAAAGAUGCGAAUGAAGUAUCAAUAUCAGAGGAUAACAGAGACUCAGCAGAGAAGGUUAGGAGAAGCGAUCGUGCUGUUUCCCAAGCCCAGAGGCUGACUUUGACGCAGAAUCUCACUGGACGUUCAGAGGACUGGCAGGUCACCGCUGUCACUGAAGUUCAAAUCACGACCGGGUCCCCGAGGCCAGAUCGGACAAUCGAAAUGCCAACUGUGCCACCGGCGGCAUUGACAGACUCGCCGCAGAUCCACAGCGCCGGACACGCGCAGUCAUGGCAUUCAAGUCAUGAACGUGUGCCGAGUCCUGUCAUCAGCCACGCGCGUUUCGAGACGAUGAUCAGUUCGAACCCACCACCACCCCCUCCGCGGAGGUCUUUGUUGGGGUACGUGAAGGGCGGCAUGCAAAAGUUCAACGCCAAGUUGCAAGGGCUGGAUCCCGUCAAACUUGCCUACCUGCGAACAAGUUUCAUCUUUGCCAUAUCGAUCCUUGUCACAUGGACGCCAAGCUCCAUCAACCGCGUCAAUGACUUGGUAAACCCUGGCCAAGUCAGCUUUGGCCUUAAUGUUGCCACGGCGAUUGUGCUGCCCUUGCAGGGGGUUUGGAACGCUGUCAUUUACUUCAUGACGAGCUGGACCACUGUCAAGGAGGAGUAUCGCCGCUUGAUGCAUCGUAGGUCGAUCAGGCGGCUUGAUAGCCGGGAGGACAGCCGGGGGAGAAGUGCGAGGCUGAACAUCUUUCGAGGCCACCGUGACAACCAUUUCGACCCAUCACGUCUUGAGAGUGGUAAGCGGCCACGCAGCGGCCAGGUCAGUGAGUACGAGCUGGCGCCGCCUGCGAAGAAGGGUCAUGGAAAUGUUCGGGCCAUGCGGGGCUCGUUUUAG